CGUUAAACCCCUACAAAACCCUAAUUCCUCAAUUUGAUAUUCUGCAAACACCACAAAACCCUAAAUUUAAUUUUUGGAGCUGAUUAAGAAAAAAUCAGACGAUGGAGGUAGAAACGGUGAACAAUGUUAUGUGUCAAUUUGCAGACAGAGAAGGAACAGCUUUAGGAGCUCCGUUAUAUCUUCCUCAGAAUUCUGGUCCACAACAGCUUCAAUUAAUUCUCAAUAAGCUUCUCAGCAAUGAAGAGAAGUUGCCGUACACUUUUUAUAUAUCAGAUCAGGAACUUCUUGUCCCGCUUGAAACUUACUUACAGAAAAAUAAAGUUUCUGUUGAGAAAGUACUUUCAAUUGUUUAUCAACCACAAGCUGUUUUCCGAAUUCGUCCUGUUAAUCGUUGUUCGGCAACUAUUGCUGGUCAUGCAGAAGCUGUACUUUCAGUUGCUUUCAGUCCAGAUGGGCGGCAGUUGGCAAGUGGCUCUGGGGAUACCACUGUUCGUCUAUGGGAUCUUAGUACUCAAACACCAAGGUUUACAUGCACAGGGCACAAAAAUUGGGUGCUUUGUAUUGCGUGGUCGCCAGAUGGUAAUUAUCUUGUGAGUGGGAGUAAGGCCGGAGAACUUCAAUGUUGGGAUCCUCAGACUGGAAACCCAGUAGGCAAUGCACUUAUGGGCCAUAAAAAAUGGAUCACUGGCAUCUCUUGGGAACCAGUCCACUUGAAUUCUCCAUGUCGCCGGUUUGUUAGUGCUAGUAAAGAUGGUGAUGCACGCAUAUGGGAUGUCUCAUUGAAGAAGUGUGUUAUUUCUCUCACCGGUCACACACUUGCUAUAACUUGUGUAAAAUGGGGCGGAGAUGGAGUGAUUUAUACAGGCUCCCAAGAUUGUACUAUUAAAGUUUGGGAGACCACACAGGGAAAAUUAAUUCGUGAAUUAAAGGGUCAUGGGCAUUGGGUUAACUCUCUUGCUUUGAGCACUGAAUAUGUUCUUCGAACGGGAGCUUAUGAUCAUACUGGUAAAACAUAUUCUUCGCCGGAGGAAAUGAAACAGGUUGCUCUGGAAAGGUAUAACAAAAUGAAAGGCAAUAGCCCUGAGAGAUUAGUUUCAGGUUCUGAUGAUUUUACCAUGUUUCUUUGGGAACCUGCUGUCAGCAAACAGCCAAAAACCCGCAUGACAGGUCAUCAACAGCUUGUAAAUCACGUAUACUUCUCACCUGAUGGGCAAUGGAUAGCUAGUGCUUCCUUUGAUAAGUCAGUCAAGUUAUGGAAUGGUAUUACUGGAAAAUUUGUUGCUGCUUUUCGAGGACACGUUGGACCGGUCUAUCAGAUCAGUUGGUCUGCUGACAGUAGACUUCUUUUGAGUGGGAGUAAAGACUCGACACUGAAGGUUUGGGAUAUACGGACUCAGAAGUUAAAACAAGACCUUCCAGGUCAUGCUGAUGAGGUAUUUGCGGUUGAUUGGAGUCCUGAUGGCGAGAAGGUGGCAUCUGGUGGUAAGGAUAGGGUAUUGAAGCUGUGGAUGGGAUAAAUAAGCAGAGUGCUUAAGUGGUUGAAAUAUCAAAUGACAACCGUUUGCAGUUUCCGUAAACAGAAAACCGUGUAAUGAUAUCUCUGUACGCAUCAGUAAUCACUGCGUGAGAACAAGAAAAGACCCGGGUUUUAUGGAUCUGCUGAGUCGUAAGUGGCGAAAGAAGGAAGAGGUAUUACAGGUUGAUGAUACUAGUUCCCUUUCUCAGUUCAUAUUCAGUCUCUUUUUAUAUUUAGAGGGAGAGUUUGUUAUUUCAGAUUAUGUUUUUAAAGCUAAUUAAUGCCGGAGGGAGUUAUUAUAAGGAUACUUUAGUAUUUUAUACAUCUAUUAAUUGUAUUUUUAAAUUUUUUGUGCAAAUUCCUAAACGUCAAUUAAAGUGGAAUGAAGAACGCAUUUUUUUUCCGAGAA